AUGAAUUUGAUAUCAAAAUCUGUUACUAGAAUUGCAAUGUCAUCUUGUAUCAAAACAUCUAAAAGAAUUUAUUCAAUUUUAGAUAAUAAAAAUUAAAUAAAAGAAAAUGAAUUUCUUAACUAUAUUAUAAUUAGCAAAAUAGUCAAAGAAAAAAAUGAAUUUUAUAACAAUUUUCAUUUCUAAUAAAAGAAUCCAAAAAGAAAUCAGAAGUUUAGAAAUUUCUUAUGUUAAAUACUUUUUUGCAAUAGAAACUAAAUUGUUUGNUAUCGAUUUGACUCAUUCCACUCCAUUUUAAAUUCAGUUAAAUAAGCGGAAGAGGAUAUGAAUAUCACUUAAAAGAAUAAACAACAUACACUAGACUGGUGGAAAGUUACAGGAUAGGUGUAAGAAAUAUUCAAUUACUUUCAAAAUCUCAUAUCAAGCAGUUAUCUCGUUUUCUAGAUAGAUACAAUGGCAGACUUCAAAUAGUAGAGUUGACAGAAGAACAAAAGUUUAAGCAAAAUUCUUGUAGAUGAAUAAGAACUCUAUGUUGAAAUGUCGAUGUAAGGGAAAAAAUUGAUUACAAUUUUUCAAAUGUAAAAUAAUUUUCAUAAAUGUCAAAUGGGUUUUUGCUUGUUCAGGAGAAUCUUAAGAAAGAGAGAGCAUAAUCAAUAAAAUGUAUGCGGCAAAGUGGCGAAGAAAAAAUGA